AUCAGCUUCGCACAAAGAAAAACCCUGCAGACAAUGCCUCCACCACCAGGAUUCAAAGUAUUGAUUGUGGGCGCAGGCGUUGGCGGUCUGAUGUUGGCUGGCUUGUUGGAGCGAGCGCAAGUCGACUAUGAAGUAUUUGAGCGAGCGCCCGCAAUCAAACCCCUUGGUUCUGCAUUAAGCCUUGGCGCGAACGUGUUCUAUAUCUUCAAGCAGCUCGGUCUUUUGGAGCAAUUACAUGCAAAGGCCAAGCCCUUUGGCCAAACGCGCGCCCAUGGCGAGAAUCAUGAUACCGUCCGUGUUCGCGACUACUCGGCCGCCAACGAGUUUGCUGGCUACCUUCCUCACAUCAUCCCUCGCCCUCAGCUGUACGAACUUCUCCUAAGCACUAUCCCUCCGCACAAGGUGCAUCUUCAAAAGCGAGUCCUGUCGCUAAAACACAAAGAAGAUGGAGUGUCGAUCACCUGUGCAGACAAGUCCACGUACGAGGGCAGUAUCCUCGUGGGCGCGGAUGGUGCUUAUUCAGGGGUGCGUCAAGGGCUGUACAGGCAAUUGUUCGAAAUGGAACUUUUACCUGAGGCGGACAAGGAUUGGGAACAGUUGCCAUUUUCGAGCAUCUGUCUUGUUGGACAGACGAGGGUGAUGGAUAUAAAUGAUGCACGAUUUGAGAAGGUCUUGAAGGAAACGUUUUCGAGGUUCGAUAUCGUUGUUGGUGACAAUAGGCCCUACAGUUGGGUAACGUUCACUACGCGCCAGAACACACUCUGCUGGAUGGUGAUCCAACACCUCGAUAAGGAGUCCUCGCGUGCGCACGACAGCUUCCGCAACUCUGAAUGGGGGCCCGAGUCCGCACAGGUGAUGUGCGAAGAGGUGAAGGACUUCCCGCUGCCUAGCUAUCCGGGUCUCACUAUUGGCGAUCUUAUUAAAGAGACAGAUAAGGAACUGAUCAGCAAGGUUAUGCUGGAGGAGAAGCUGUUCGAGACCUGGUAUGGCAUGAGGACGGUUCUGCUCGGUGACGCAUGCCACAAGGUGCACCCCGCAGCAGGAUUGGGUGCCGUGAGCGCGAUCCACGACGCUGUAAUCCUCGCCAACGCACUUCACGACCUUCCCAGCGGAGAACCAUGCGACAUCACCAAAGCAUUCCAAGCCUAUCGUGACGAGCGCUACCCUAUUGCCAAGGUCUCGUUCGAUACCAGUCGCAAAAUGGGUCGGAUCCUCGGCAAGAAUCUCAUUAAUGUGGUAAUCCGGUUCUUUAUAAACCGCAUGCCGGUUUUCAUUUGGAACAUGGUCUUGAUCCGAAUGUAUGGCUACCGUCCCCAGGUCAACUUUCUGCCGCUCGUCCCUGAUCGUGGGUCCAUUAAACCAGCACCGCAGCGUAGUCUGAAAGCAGUCAGCAACACCGUUGCCGUGUAGACAGGGCAAAUAUACCUCCUCCUCAAAUCAUAAUGAUCGGUCGUAUGUUAAAAAAAGCGAAUCUA